AUGCCGGAUAUCCGUCGGAUAUCCGAAUCUGGCAGGUUUUGCAUGGUCUUUUUCUGCCUGGUGCUAAGCGUAUUUUCUACUAUAGCAGAAUUUGAAGAACUUGCUAGUGCUAUUUUGUUUAGAAUGGAAAUCGUGAUGGUCGUCUGGUUCACAUUUGAGUUCUUCCUCAGGCUCUGGUCGGCCGGCUGUCGAUCUCGAUACCAAGGAUGGCUCGGCCGACUAAGGUUCCUCAGGAGUCCAUUUUGUGUUAUAGAUGUGAUCGUGAUCGUGGCGUCCACGGUGGUCCUCUCUGUAGGGAGCAGCGGACAGGUGUUCGCUGCUUCCGCGCUGCGGGGCCUUCGCUUCUUCCAGAUCUUACGUAUGGUGCGCAUGGAUCGCAGGGGAGGUACCUGGAAGUUGCUGGGCUCAGUCGUCUACGCACACAGACAGGAGCUCAUCACUACAUUGUACAUUGGUUUCCUCGGUCUCAUUUUUUCUUCGUUCCUUGUCUUCUUAGCUGAGAAAGAAACGAAUUCCGAACAUUUCAGCAAUUUUGCUGACGCCUUGUGGUGGGGUGUGAUAACUCUUUGUACUGUUGGUUACGGGGAUACUGUUCCUAUAACUUGGCCUGGAAAGUUGAUAGCUGCGUUUUGCGCUUUACUUGGUAUUUCCUUCUUUGCUCUGCCUGCCGGGAUCUUGGGUUCAGGCUUUGCCCUUAAAGUCCAACAGCAGCAACGUCAGAAGCACAUGAUCCGACGUCGUGUUCCUGCGGCCAACCUAAUCCAGUGUCUCUGGAGGUGCUACGCCGCCGAUGAGAAUUCCAUGUCUGUGGCCACUUGGAAGAUACACCAACUGCCACUGCCUAGUCCUCCUGCCUUCCAUUCUGGCUCAUUCACGAGCAUUAAGCUCAAAGACCGACUUGACCUUCCUCAAGGCUCGUCAGGCCUAUUUAAGCACAACACGUCCUUCGUGAGUCGACUCUCAACUAUACGGAGACACAAGAAUCAGGGCUCAUCGCAAGGACAUCCCCCUCUCACCAGAGGACGCUACGACUCGACUGCUUCGAAUGAUUUUGUUGGUACAUCUAAAACGCCAUCUGGUGGCACUGGGAGUAAUUACGCGGACGAUGGAACUGGGAGAGACGUGUCGGACAAUUCGAAGCGAAAUUCAGAUGAAUGCAUUGUGGACUGCGGUGACGUCACGACCACGCCCAAAGGCCUGUGCAACAUGCUGCAGAAAGAGUUCAGCUGCCCUCCCUACGUGGCACUCUCUCCAGCGUUUCUGUCCUCAGAUCAAACAUCCCCAGGAUCCAGACGUGGCAGUUUCUGUGUUAAUCUGUUCAACAGAGUGCGUAAGGAUAGCCCUUCUUCUUGUGAAGAGGAUCCAGAAGAGCCUAGGUUGGCGGUUCUUACCAAGCAGCACAAAAAUGCCAUUCGUUCUUUGAGAAAAAUCAAAUACUUUGUGGCCAGACGAAAGUUCAAGGAAGCCCUAAAGCCUUAUGACGUCAAAGAUGUGAUAGAACAGUACUCAGCGGGUCAUGUUGACCUUUUAAGUAGAGUAAAGAAUUUACAAUGCAGGUUAGAUACUAUAUUAGGUAAACCGGGGUCCAAAUCUAUAGAUGUCUACGAGUCGAAAAUUAGCUUAGCUUCGAGAAUUGUAAAAGUAGAAAGGAGUGUAGAAGACAUUGAAAGUAAAGUGGACCAAUUAAUGGAAAUGUACGUGGAAGAUCGGCAUAGAAUGUCGAAGAUAAUUUCUUCUUUUGCAGCUUCAUCCCCGCCACCGACAAUGCCGCCCAAUUCUUCCACACCUGCAGUGGCGGGGCCUUCUCUCACGUCUCAAGCCCCCGCCACUGCAAAGCAUCACAGCCACCAGCACCAUCUGCAGAAAAGCCCGAAAUCUAUCCUGGUAGAGAACAAACAGUUCAGUGAGCCCUCCACACCCGUAGCUAAGAGCUUCGACCUUCAGUCGCAACAGCUACAACAGCAACCGAGGACUAUCCACCGCGGUAACUCGGACCUCAGUCAGAGGUGCUUCCAGAAGAAACGCGUGACUGUCAGGCAUUCUCUGGAAGGGGGUGGAGGGUCUCCCUCUUUCCUACCUGCACCCCGAAUAGAAAUAGAACCCGACCGGACAACGGUCAAGAGUGCCUGUUCUGCCGAUUCCGUUGAUCCAGCUUCUUCUGAGACUGGCAGCACCUUAGGCACCGAACUAGAUAGUCUAGACGUAAGUGAGCCAGAACUGUGUCCAGAAGAAGAGAGGUACCACAUCCAGCCAGUGCAAGAUUCUGACACUGAAGUGAGCACGGUGACCGUGGUGUUGAAGGAGACGGCAACGUUACUGAGGCCAUCCUUGCAAAAUCUUCGGUCGUGA